ACAAAUAAAAUGUUCGUUAGAAAUGACAUUAUUAAUAUUUAAAUAUUUUUUCUUCAAAAUGACUUCGAUAUUUCAUAUUGGUCUUUCGAAAGAUUUUUCUUUAAUAUUAAAUGAUGCAGAUGAUUUUAACGUUAUUAUUCAAGUUGGUGAAAGUAAAAAUAAAAAAGAAUUCCGAGCACAUUCGGUAAUUUUACGUGCUCGUUCUCCAUACUUUAAAAGGGCACUUUCAUCAGAAUGGAUUACUAAGGAGAAUGAUAUGAUUGUGUUUAGUAAACCAAAUAUUACACCAGCAGUUUUUGAUAUGGUUUUAAAAUAUAUUUACACGGGUGAACUUGAAUUGAAAAAAUAUCCAGGCGAAAUUAUUCUUGGGCUUCUAGUUGCAUCUGAUGAAUUACUCCUUGGAGAAUUAUUUGAACAUGUUCAAGAUUAUUUGGUUAAGAAACAAACAACCUGGGUUCAGGAAAAUUUUGUUCUUGUCCUUCAUACUGUAUUUAAACUUGCGAACUGCAAGAGACUACAAAAUUAUUGCCUUGAAUCUAUUUGUGCAGAUCCACGGCCAUUUAUUACUUCAGAAAACUUCCCCUCGUUAGAUAAAGACAUUCUUUAUGGUUUACUUGAACGGAACGAUUUACAGAUUGAAGAAAUUGAUGUAUGGGAUAGUCUAAUUAAAUGGGGUAUUGAACAAACUCCUGGUUUGGGAAGUAUGAAUAGUAAUAGAAUCAAAUGGAGUAAUAUAAAUUACGAAGCAUUAAAGAAAACUUUAGAUAGUUUUAUUCCUCUUAUCAGGUUUGCAGAAAUUUCUUCUGCUGAAUACUUUGAUAAAGUUCGACCCUAUAAAUCUAUUAUUCCUUAUCAUAUUUGUGAAGAAAUCGAAGAAUAUUAUUUUAAAGGUACUUUACCAAUGACAACUACUUUACCUCCACGAAGUGGAAUAAUCCAAAAAAUUGAAUCAAAUAUUAUCAAGCCAAGAUUAUCCAGUAUAAUUAUUAAUUGGAUUGAAAGAAAAGAUUCAAAUUAUAAUGGCAAAAAAAAGGAUACGGUUUAUAAUUUUAAUCUUAUUUAUCGUAAAAGUCGUGAUGGUAUGUUUAAUAAUAUUCAAAAUAUAUGUACAGAACAAGGAGCUAUACUGGUUUUAAUCCAAGUUAAAUAUUCUGAAAAAAUAUUUGGUGGAUAUAAUCCUAUUGGUUGGCAUAAUAAUAAUCCUUCUAAUAACCGCAGUUUUAAUAAACGCGGUUUAUAUAGUCGUAAUAACCUCAACCAAUAUUUGUCCACUAAAGAAAGUUUUAUAUUUUCGUUUGAAAAUAAUGAGGAUAUUAAGAAUAUGAAAAUUAGUCGUGUAAUUAAUUCAUCAUAUGCUAUAUAUAAUACUGGAAACGGUGUUAAUUUCGGCGGAAGUGAUUUAAAUUUAGAAAAUGGUUAUUUGUCAUUAUCUCAUAGCGGUAAUUAUGAAAAUUUAGACAUAAAUUUAGAACGGAAUAGGUAUGGAAUGGAAUGUCUUGAUGAUAGUGAUUAUGAAAUAAAUCAACAUGAAAUGGAUCAACAUGAAGUUGAAGAAAUUGAAUUUUUCAGGGUAAAAAAAAUUAAAUAGUUAUUAUAUUUAAUUAAACGUUAUUUUCACAGCUCUUAUGAUCGUUCUAUUUAUUGUUUAAAAAAAAAUCAAAAAUUUAUAUUAAAUAAAAGAAAGUCUUCAAGCGUCUUCUUGUGAUUAUCAUAUU